CCUGCAGGGACUGUUUUUUCCGGAGGUUGUGAUAGAAGGAAAAAGGCUGCUCUUCUCCGGAGACGGUGCGGUGCUUUCUCUGAGCGGAAUGCGCAGCGACGGGAAGGAAAGCGGUGUAGGAGCAGCUCGGAGACGGAGCGGAGCCGCUGAAUGUGGGUAUCACUGGUUCGGUCAGCAUUUAUUGCCCAACCCUAAUUGCCCAGAUAGCAGUUAAGAGCCAGCCAUAUUCCUGUGGGUCUGGGAGUCACAUGUAGGCUAGAACAGGCUCUUAUAUUUCAAUGAACUGAAAUGGAGGAAAGAUUAAGAUUCCCCAGAAGGAGCAAAGAAAUGGUCAUCAACAAGGAGGAAACUAACUCUUGGAGAAGCAUUCCACACCACGAAAAUCAUUUUGCACCUGGAAGCUACUCAAAAAAUUUUAGUAAAAGAACAGAAAUGCCAAAGCAAAGGGAAAUGCAAGACAUUUAUGGUACUAGUCCAAGGAAAGGGGCUCAACUGUUCAUGAAUAGUCCAAAUGCACCCAUAAGAGCAGGAACUCGGUCUAAUGAUGCACGCAGAGAAAAAGAUAGAAAAUGGUUAACUGGUGAAGGUUCUGCAGUUCAGAAUACCGAAAAGAAGUGGAGGGACAGUGCUCUUGAGUUGAAGUACAAAUCUCCAGCAAGAGGCAUUGAACACAAUAAAGUAGAACAAAACUACAAGGCUCAAAGUGGCAGUGAUAAAGUCAAAAAUGUUAGAAAACAGCUACAUAAUGAAUUUGUAAAUGAUGAAAUGCCUGGAAAGCAAACAGAAGGCCUAAAGAAGCCCAAGAAAACAAAAAGGAAUGAAAAAAUGCAAGACUUCAGUGCACCCAUUAUUGAUGAAUCCAAAUUAACGAAAGAAGAACGGCUUGGAUUAUAUCAGGCCGAAGAAAGACUACAGCGAGAAUUUAUCGUCAGACUCAAGAAACGUGCCCAAAGCUGCCCUACUGCAAAGUAUACCUGUAAGCUUUGUGAUGUGCUGGUUGAAUCUGUCUCAUCUGCUUAUAAGCACAUUAAGGAGAAGCGACACAAAAAAUAUGUGAAGGAAAAACAAGAAGAAGAAACUCUCACAAAAAUCCCUCCUCCAAAUGUGUCUCAAAUAAGAGCAGUUGAUGCUGCCAUUAACAAGGUAGUCCAGGAGUAUGGCAUGACUGAAGAAGAUGUGAACGAAAGGCAUGAAAUUACAAAAAGAAUGGAAAAGCACCUGCAGAUUUUAUUACCAGAUUGCUCACUAAGACUGUAUGGCUCCUCUUGUACCAGAUUUGGCUUUAAAGAUUCUGACCUUAACAUAGAUAUACAGUUUCCAGCUCAUAUGAAUCAACCUGAUGUACUAUUGCUGGUUCAGGAAAGCCUUAAGAAUAGCAUUUCUUUCAUUGAUGUUGAGGCGGAGUUCCAUGCCAGAGUGCCUGUCGUACUAUGCAGAGACAAGCAAAGUGGCCUUUUAUGUAAAGUGAGUGCAGGCAAUGAAAAUGCAUGGCUCACAACAUAUCACUUAGCUGCCUUGGGAAAGUUGGAACCUUGUCUUACUAGACUGGUUAUUGCCUUUAGAUCAUGGGCUAAGCUUUGUCACAUUGAUAGUCCAGAUGAAGGAGGAUUGCCACCCUAUGCAUUUGCUUUAAUGGUAGUCUACUUUCUGCAACAAAGGAAGGAAUGCGUUCUGCCUGUGUAUCUGGGAUUAUGGAUUGAUGGUUUUACGGUGGAUAACCUAGGCAACUUCAGUCUUAAAGGUGUAGAAAAUAACAAGGUUAUCUGGGAAUUCAAAUCUGUGAGUGGGGAUUGUGGCAAAUCAAUUGAAGGAAAGGUUCCACUUGUAUUUGGACUAAGUCAAAAAAAUUCUGUACCAUUGGGGCAGCUGUGGGUUGAACUACUUCGGUUUUAUGCACUGGAAUUUUCACUGGCGGAUUACGUUAUUUGUAUACGGAUCAAAGAACCACUUUCCCGGGAAGCUAAAGACUGGCCCAAAAGGAGAAUUGCUGUGGAAGAUCCAUACUCUGUAAAGAGAAAUGUUACACGAACACUUAAUAGCCAAAUGGUAUAUGAUUACAUCAUUCAUUGUUUAAGAGCAACUUACAAGUAUUUUGCAUUGCCCAAGUAUAAGCCAGCAAAGUUGAAGAAAAAAGACAAUGAAAAUGAGAAAAAUUAUUCUAAAGGGGCAUUGAAUGUUGUGGCAAAUCAACAAGAAUUGCUUGAAAUUUCUGCCUCAAAGUCUCAGCCAUCAGCUUUCUCAGCAUCGGUUUCUGAUGAAGAAUGCCCACAGUUGCAUGAUAAUGCUAUGUAUAAAGUUGGUGAAAAUCUACCUUCUAAAGAAUCCUGUGGCAACUUACAAACUGUACAAGAGUGUGAGACUGAGAGCUUCACAGAGGAAGAACUGAUAUCUGAUUUACAGAAGAUUGGAAUUACUGGCUAUGAGUUGUAUGAGGACGAUCUAAAUCAGCCGGAUGGUGAAUAUAAACACAGUCAGCUUCUAGAAAGUUACAAUGAUGAGGAACUGUUUGAUACGUUUGGAGAGCCAAAAGAUGAUGCAGCCAGGACUGGUACAAUAUUAAAGGAAGGAAAAUUCGAACAAUCUACGGAGGCUGAAAAUGAGACUUCUAGUGAAGAUGAAAUUCCUGUGAAGCAUAAAAAUUGUUAUAGAGAGAACGUCUAUUCUGAAAGUCUUUCAGAUUCUGAGAGUUUUCUGAAUCCUCGGAAUACGGAAAUUGAUGAUUUUUGUGUGGAGCACACCAGUCCGUUGAAGACAAAAUUAAAUAAUGAAGUUAGAGAAAGCUCUGACAGUGCAGAUGAAUUUCAUAAUUUCUCCAAAGAGGCAAUGCAACAACACCUCAAAGGGACUCUGAGCAGAAACGAAGAGGGGGAAGAUGAGGAGGAGGACGAGGAUGAUGAAUCAGAUCUGAAUAUCACUCAACGGAUUCACCUGGACAGUCUUACAGCUGAUGAAGAAAUUGAUAAUAUAUACACUGAGUCUAGUGAGGAAGAUAAAGAUAAUCAGUCUGAUGAAGAUGGGGUAAUUGGUGAAUUGCUCAACACCAAUGGAUGUAAGCCAAUUAAAUGCAGAGAUCAUGUAACUUCUCUGCUAGUUAGACAGACUGCUGAACGUGAAACAACUGUGCAGAGUAAUCAAGAAAUUCGGAAUGAAAUAAAUAAGGAAUUUGGAACAACUUUACCUGUAUAUGAAUCACAGAGCAGUGAUGACAAUAUGUUUUAUGUAUUCAGUAGAGCUGUUUUUACAAAGGGAAAGGCUUCCAUAGUAGUAUGCAGCUUGUGUAAGCGAGAAGGACACUUAAAAUCUGAUUGUCCAGAGGAUUUCAAAAAAGUUGAUCUUGAUCCAUUACCACAAAUGACUCCAAGGUUUCUGAAUGUCCUGGAUCAGGUUACUGCCCAGUGUUUCUAUGACUUUGCCCCAGACCUUCUAGAAAUUCAAGCACGUGAACAUAUAUUGAUAAAACUGGAAGCGUUUAUCAAGAAAGAACUUGAUGCUAAAGCAAAGCUCUGCUUGUUUGGGUCCUCCAAGAAUGGGUUUGGUUUUAGACAAAGUGAUCUUGAUAUCUGUAUGACAUUUGAAGAUCAAGAAACAGCAGAGGGUUUAAAUUGCAUCAAGAUUAUAGAGGAUUUGGCAAGAGUGCUCAGAAAACAUCCAGGCUUAAAGAGCAUUCUGCCUAUUACAACAGCGAAAGUUCCAAUUGUUAAAUUUUUCCAUGUAAGAAGUGGCCUUGAGGGAGAUAUUAGUUUGUAUAACACUCUGGCGUUGCAUAACACUGGACUUCUGGCCUCUUAUGCAGCAAUUGAUCCCAGAGUGAAAUGUUUAGGAUAUACUAUGAAGGUUUUUGCUAAGGUUUGUGAUAUUGGAGAUGCAUCUAGAGGCAGUCUUUCAUCAUAUGCAUAUACCUUAAUGGCACUUUACUUCCUACAACAAAGGAAACCACCGGUAAUUCCUGUCCUUCAAGAGAUAUACAGUGAAACGAAAAAGCCAGAAAAAUUAAUUGAUGGUUGGAAUGUCUAUUACUUUGAUAAAUUGGAUGAACUGAAAGACAAGUGGCCAGACUAUGGAAAAAAUAAAGAAUCUGUAGGAGAGUUGUGGCUGGGGCUUCUCAGGUUCUACACAGAGGAGUUUGAUUUUAAAGAACAUGUUAUCAGCAUCAGGCGAAAGGCUCUUCUCACAACCUUUAAGAAGCAAUGGACUUCUAAAUAUAUUGUUAUAGAAGAUCCAUUUGACCUCAAUCACAAUCUUGGAGCUGGAUUAUCUCGAAAGAUGACAAAUUUUAUCAUGAAAGCUUUCAUCAAUGGAAGAAAAGUUUUCGGAACGCCAAUUAAAUUCAUCCCAAAACAAUAUCCUACAGUUAUGGAGUAUUUCUUUGAUCCAGAAAUUCUGACUGAGGGGAAGUUAGCUCCAAAUGACCGAUGCUGCAGAAUUUGUGGGAAAAUUGGUCAUUUUAUGAAAGACUGCCCCUUACGGAGAAGCAAAACAAGACAACAAAAUCUUGAGGAUAUUAGAUCCAAAUCAGGAUUCAUUGACAAAUUUCAAAAACCCUUUGAAACCAAUGCAAAAAGAAAACCUGAAAACAAAGAAUCCCCAAACAAGGAAGUGACAAAGCUGCAUGGAGAAGGUUUAAAGGAUUUUCCAGUUAAAAAAGAAGAAUUAUACGCAGAGAUUCGUGCACUGAGGAAAUUAAAGGAAGAUCGAGCAACAAAUGAAGUUCUCAGGGACAGAGCUUCUAGGCCAUAUCCAGAACAAAGGAAGAAACAGGAGGACAGAGAGAAAUGUUGCUUUGUCUGUGGGAAGGAAGGACAUAUCAAGAAGGAAUGCCCUCGUCACAAAGGUUUAACGAGCACUGAAAUUGCUGCAUCCUCAUCAUCCAGUGUUGGAAAUGAAUACACCAAAAAGGAGAAACGGAAACAAAAAGGAUUCUUAAGUCCUCAACCAGGCCUUAGUAGUAAAUUCUCAACAAGUUCCUCAACUCAGGGAAGAUCAGCACAUAAAAGGACCCAACUGGAAUGAAUUUCAAAGGAGGCUGAAAAUGUUUGCAUUGUAGUUUUUAUUGGACUGUGAUCUUUCUGUGCAAAUCCUCUGCAAUUCUGUCACAGUUAUGGCAAUCCAGUAAUUGUUUUAAGCUUGUUCUUGAGGGAAUAGAGAGAUUUUUGUGUUCCAUAAAAUGUUGCCAUAAUGAGAUCCCUGUUCUUAUUGAGUUUAAAUGAGUAAUGUUUUUAAUUAGAUCACAUUUUUUGUUCAAAGUUAUGUUUGUGUUGAUAUGUGUAAAUUUCUAGCUUUAUUCUUUUGACCAAUCUGGCAUCUUUUCUUUCCAGUAAACCAAAUUACAGUUUAACUUUAUGCAAAUGAAACCGAUAAAAAGGUGGCAUCUUAAUUGUUAAAUUAUUUUAAAGCAAUUAACAUAAUGAUAAAGUUCAGUCUGGCAUGAAUCUUAUUCCAUAGAAUGUUGCAUUUAUGUUCAUUCUUUAGAAUUUUAUUUUGUUUUGUUUAAAAGUGCCAUAUGUGUGUAUUUAUCAAAGUAAAAAGUUUGUACAAAAACUUGUUUGAUAAUAAGAAAUAUCACAACAGUGAUUCAAAUGUUAUUUAAUUACUAUAGAUGUGAAUGAUAGAAGAAAUGUAUCAUUGUUUCUAAAUAAUAAAAUCACUUGUGAAAACAUUGGUAAUUUCGCAAAGCUAAAUGGAUCGAUUUUAUUUAAUUACAUUCAUAUCUUGAAUUUUCUAUUCAUUUACCUUGAACCAUGAAUUACACCCAAAAAGCAAAUAACUUGAAUUAUUGUACCAGUGAUAUUUUUUAAAUGUUGGUUUUGGAAAGAAAAUGCAUCUGAAAAUUGUACAAUAACAUGUUUUAUGUAAUCCACUGAAGUCACAUCAGGAGAAAGGAAUCUUGAAUAUGCUUGAUACUGUGUGUUGCUUUUGAAUAAAUGGAUGUUUUUGAGGAUUUGCUACUCAAGUUGCCCACUGUUUAAAACAAUGAUGCUUGUGUAAAAAAAAUGUUGACGGCUACCUUGUGUUUGUAUAUAUGUGGUAAAUAUGCAUUCAAAAUCUCGACUACUGUACGUAAAGUCUUGUGGCAACACAAAUAAAAUUCAUAGAAAAACUUAC